CACACGCUCCAGAUAAAUCCAUAAGUAUUGACUCGUCCGCCGGCUGAAGGCGACACGCCACACCCGUGACUAGUAUCUGUGUUGUCCUCGGUAGCUGUGACGAUAUACACCGUCACAGACAUCGCCGUCCACGCAUGUUGACGCGGCAUCGAAAAUGUAGGAACCAUGGCUAAAAAGAUAAGGACGGAUGAUACCCCCGCGUCGUACACCUACUGAUAGGACGGAAGUGACUCGUUCUACACACAAGGUGAAAAUGACCUCAGGCACUCCAACUUCCGAUCUCCCUUCACCGCAGGUUUUCACCAUCUUUACGUUACCGUCGUAUGAAGACGCUGUCAAGAGUUCUGGCGAGCCCCCUACAUAUGAGCAGUCAUUAUCGGAUCCCAGAGUUGAUCAUCUAGAACAAAACUUCACCACGCCUCUUCCUCCUAACGUGGUGGUCCCCACGUAUCCGCCGAAUCAAACCAGCAUCCGACCAUACCAACAGAAUGACUGUCGACGCAAGUUCUACCGUUCGCUGUGCUGGGUCAUUGCUGGGGCAGUGAUUCUGUUGCUAGGUUACAUUAUUUAUAUAGGAAUAUGGAGGAACAUAAACACCCAGACGAAAACGUGACACGUGACUACAUCAACGCCAUAAUGCUCGUGGCAUGUGGCAAUACGGAUGUUUAUUCUGACUGGCAUCUUAACUGGGGUACUCUCUGCAGAAGUCCGCGUUUUGAAUGGUCUACAAAAACGCCUUUUCAGCUACCACACCGAUUUUAACUGGGACACUUUCUGCAGAGGUCUGGGCUUCGAAUGGUCUACA